CUUUUUUCUUAAUUUUAAAAAUCCUUAAUUAGUUAGAUAAUUUUUGAAAUUUUCUUUUUAUUCGUUAAAUUAUUUUAUUCUUGAAAUGAUCAAAAUUAUCCCAAUUUUCAUAGUUGCUCUGUCUAUCCUCGGAUUUAUUUGUUCAACUUCAACAAGCGGUGAUGACAGAAAAAUGUGCAAAGAUGUAUUGCUCGAUAAAUGCGGAUACAGUUCACACCUUGAAUCGAAAGAAAAUUUGAGAUACGAAAGAUUGAUCGAAAUUAUAAAGAGUAAUUAUGAACCCAAUAGACUUUUGAAGAAAAAUGUAAAGCGCGUGUUAAAAAAAGUUAAAAAUUAUUUGGCCUCCUGUGUUGAUUAUAACAAAAAAACAGAAACCGAGAAAAAAAGAAUGUUUGUCGAAUAUUUUAAAGAAAAUAACUAUACAUUCUUAACGGCCGAGACCAAUUCAUCUAUGCUUAAUAAAGAAGAAAUAUGGAAGCGGAUAACGAAACUAAAAGUAAUUGAUCAUACGACAGUACCGAUAAGUAUCUUUUUUAAAAAAACUGCCAGGGUAAAAAAAGCCGUUGAGAUUUCUUUUUCCUAUCCAAUUAGUGAUCUUUUAAAUAUCGAUGAUUCUCAAGCUGGAAAUACUACCGCGAUUAACAGUAUAAUUGAUCAAUAUGCUGAAUGGAUUAGAAUUUUACAUGCUAUAUUGGGCGGAAAUGAAAGUAGAGGCCAGAAUAUAAAAAUGAUGGCAACAAUUUAUUUACAAAUAAUUUUGAUACAUAUCGAAAAUCCCACUUACGAAGAUCGCUCAUUCACGAUACCCUUAAAGAAUGCUUCUGGAAUACUUCAUAUAGCUAACCUUACACAACUUGUUCGAGAUCUAGCCAAAGCCGGCAAAAUAACUUUGCCUAAAAACACGAAUAUUACUAUCAAAGACAGGUUAUACGUUGAACUAUUAAAUAAUUUCACAGCGAAUUUCUCCAAGUCCACGGAAGAUCUUAAAGACCUCCAUGAUUUUUUCAUAUUAAUGUACGCACUUAAAUUGGCACCAUCGUUCCUACAAGAAGCUCAAAAUGUAGAAAAAAAGUUAUUCAAAGGAUAUUCCCACUUAGAUUCAGAUGAUAAUCAAAAGAAAUGUCUCAAUAUUAUACUAGCAUUUGGUGAUAGAAUGUUAGAUUUUUUAUUCCUUUUAAAGCAAAAGAACAAAUUUUUAAACAAGAUCGAAGCAAUUAGUAAAGAUUUGGCGAACAGUUAUAAAAAAUUGGCUCUUAUUGAUCAAAAAAAAUUGAAACCGCUUAAAUUUGAUUCCUUACCACCAUUCCAAGAAGUUUUCAAACAACUAGUAGGAAAAACCUUUAUCGAGAAUAUUAUUAUAAUGAUGAAAUCCAAAGGCACAUAUAUAGAAUUAAAUUCUGGCAAAGAUAAAAUAGGAAUUGAAUCAUUUUUAAAUAAUCACAAUUCAAGUAAAUCGUUGUUUUCAUAAUUUACAAUAUCGGAUUAAAAAUGGAAGUAGCAUUUGGAAUGAUUACUGACUUAGAGUACUAGCGAUGUUUAUUUGACUGUGAUCAUUAUGGAUGCUUUUAACUUGGUCUACUCGGUAAAAGCCAAAAAUAUAACCCAAAAUAUGGAUCAUUUGAAAGUUAAUAUAGACUCUACUGACGUAGAACCCUUCAUUAAAUGUAUAAUUUUCAUCAUUUAAAGUAUGUAUGCAAGAAUGAUACUGUUUUUCCUAUGAAUAUCAAGACGAAAGACUAUCUUGAUAUAAUGGCGGCAAGUGAAACUGUUGGUGACAAGUAUAACUGCAAAAUUAGCUCUAUAAAUUUGAGAAAAUGUCAAACUCCACUAAAGGGUUAAUCAUAAAGGAAAAAGGGGAAAUUAAAUGUAUUUUUACAUUUAUAAUUGGGAAAUUAAUUAUCAAAAACUUUAUUAUUAUCAAUGAUCCAUUUUUGAAUCGCAUAGAAGACUGAUUAUAAAAAAAAUGAUUUAAUAUAAUUUAUAUAUA